UGUGCUGAAAACGCAGAGCAGGUAUCACCCGAAGUAUCAACAACAAUGUCGACGUUACCCUUUUUGCUGAGCGUCGCCGACGAGCUGGACAACAUACACUCACAGUCCUACAUGGACGACUUUGGCCUGGGCUUCCAUCCGCACCGCCAGUACUAUCGCACACCCACCAUCCAGUUGUCCCUGCCCGCCAGCACCGACUGGACGGGAUCGGGUCGCGACUGGUCCCAGGCGGCGGGCAACAGGCACACUCGCUAUCGCAGCUAUAAGUUCUACGAUGACUCACAGAACAAUCUGGAGGAGGAGGAGCCGCCCGUGGAGGUUCCUCAGCCCAUUGAGCCGAUGAAGUUGCCACAGCAGUUGGUCCAGCAGACCACCAGCCAGACGAUAUCGGAUCCCCAGCAGCCAACGAGUGCAACUGCCACUGCCGCCACCGCUCGCAAAGGCCUGGGCAUGGUCAACUCGCACUCGCACGAUGUGGGUGUUGGUGGAUUGGGACUGAAUCUGAAAGCUGGCGAGGAUGAGGACGACGAGAACAUCGAUCGCACGGUGCGCAUGUAUAAUUUGUCCAAGAAGUGCUGCAAGAACUACUAUCGGCACGCCCUGGAGACCGGACCCGGCGCCAGUGGCAAGGUCAAGUGCAGCAAUGCGCGCUCCGAGAGCCACAAGUCCAGCUCCAGUUCGGAGGAGAGCCUCCAGAAGAUACCCUCGCCCAUUGAGUUCCUCACCUGCUUUCUGGUGAAGAAGUCACGCACCCCCAAGGCCAAUGUGCCAGUGGGUCAGCCGCUGAAGAAGACAUAGAACUCGGCCCGGCUGCUGCCAGCAGCGAUGUCCACCAGGACCUCCACCAUCAGCUCCACGGCCACCAGCGGAGCCGUGACCAACGCAACCACAGACACGGACACGACCACGUCGAAGCGGCGCAGCAACUGCUUCUGAAUGUUGGCCGGAGUCGGUGUCGUUUGUGGCCAGGCCUGGAGUUGGCUCCAGCGCUGCGGGGAGCUCCCCAACUCGGAACCCGCCUCGCUGCCCUCCACGCGUCUGGGCAGGAUCGCCUACUAGGUCUCUACCACUCGACCGACUCCGCUUCGCAGUCAGGGGUAUAUAUUAUAUAUUUGGUAUAUGAUUUUGCACUGGGAUAACCUCUGGCUUGAUUGAAAUCAUUGGAAUUUACCGAACAGGAUUUUGAAGGGCUACCCUUUUUCUUUUGUGCUGUAGCUUUAAUUUUGUAAUAGUGAGUUAUUUAUGUAUGAAUAACAUUGUAUAGUGAAAUUCUCUUAAAUUCCUUUGGCUAAAAUAUAUUUGAUGCAUAUAUUAUUUUGUUUCCUUUUUGGAAAACUUAUGCGUUAAA